ACAUAAAGAUGGGAACAAUAGAUGCUGGAGACUACUAGAGAGGGGAGAGAGGGAAGGGAGAAGGGCUGAAAAACUACCUAUUGGGUACUAGGCUCACUAUCUGGCUGACAGGAUCAUUUAUAACCCAAACCUCAGUGUUACACGAUAUACCUGGGUAACAAGCCUGCAUGUGAACCCCCAAAUCUAAAAUAAAAGUUGAAAUCGUAAUAAACUAAACUAAAAGUUGCUUUAAAUAGUUCCUCCCUGUGUGUUUAUGCCAUCAACCAGAUGUAUAUUUAAGUUUAUUUUUUAAUAUUUAGGAGUUGCUUAAAGUUAAUAUUUAUGCAACAUGUUUAUAUCAUUCUAAAUCUCUAAAACAAGAUAUAGCCAAAGCUCAUAGCUUCUAUCAUUAUCUUAUUCACUUUGUUGCAUCAUUUUUCUUGUAGGUACCAGUUAGCCAUUCUGUGUGUGUGUGUUUAGUGAUCUUUGCUCUAUUUUAAAAACAUAAAUAAAUGUGUGUAUAUAUUCAUAUCUUCCCUUUUCUAGAAAACAGCAUACACUUUCUCACCUCACUUUUGCGUAUAAUAAUAUAUCCUGAAAAUCGCUCUAUGGUUUAUAUAGAAGAGUUACUCAUUUCUUUAUAGAGCUAUGAGAUAUUCUUUCAUGGACCACAAUUUAUUUACCCAGACACCAAUGGAUAGACAUUUGGGUUAUUUCAGGUUGCUUUUCUUUUGCUAUGACAAAUAAUGCUGCGAGGAGUAGCCUUAGGAAUAAGUGUUUUUGUAUUUUUGGCAAUCCAUCUUAGGGGUGGGUCUCCAGAAGACGACCAAAGAGUAAAUGGGUAUAUGAUUUUGCUAUACAUGUUGUCAAAUUCCCUUUCAUAGAAGCUGUACCUUCUUGCAUUCCCACCAGUAAUCUCUGCAAGUGCCUCACUCUUCACAGUCGCUCCAAUAGAAUUCACUGCCAAACUGUGGGCUUUUUGUCCCUCUGCAGAGAGAAAUGGCAUUUUCAUGUCGCUUUAAUUGGCAUUUCUCUUACUAUUAGUGAGACCAGCAUCUUUCUCAGGUUUCAGCUCUAUUUUCAGAUAAAUGCAUUUUAAAACAUCUCGUGAGCUAUGCAUUAUUAUUUGGCCUUAAUUUAUGGGUGGCAUUUUGUGAUACUGAUUAAGUGCAUUUGAGCCGGCUAUUCAGCAGAUCUUUGUAAGUAUGGAUCACCAAAUCUGUCUGAAGUUUCUGGAAUCUCUUCUACUUUAGAACAGCACAUAUGAGAAGUAGUAUUAUCAGGACUGAGGUUUAAACUCUUUGGCAUACCUGGGGUAUGUGAUUGGAAAUGUGUCUGAAUUGAAAUGUUGCCUUAAUGAACAUGUGUAUAGAGCUUCACUAUAUAUUCUAAUGAGAAUUCUGUACCAACACAAACCAGGUACCUCUUCAUCAAGAACUUAACCCGAUUAGACUAGCGAACAAUACAGUCAGGAUGGCUAAAGGUGACCCCAAGAAACCAAAGGGCAAGAUGUCUGCUUAUGCCUUCUUUGUAGAGACGUGCAGAGAAGAACAUAAGAAGAAAAACCCAGAGGUCCCUGUCAAUUUUGCGGAAUUUUCCAAGAAGUGCUCUGAGGGGUGGAAGACGAUGUCCGGGAAAGAGAAAUCUAAAUUUGAUGAAAUGGCAAAGGCAGAUAAAGUGCGCUAUGAUCGGGAAAUGAAAGGUUAUGGACCAGCUAAGGGAGGCAAGAAGAGGGAUCCUAAUGCUCCCAAAAGGCCACCGUCUGGAUUCUUCCUGUUCUGUUCAGAAUUCCAUCCCAAGAUCAAAUCCACAAACCCUGGCAUCUCUAUUGGAGACGUGGCAAAAAAGCUGGGUGAGAUGUGGAAUAAUUUAAAUGACAGUGAAAAGCAGCCUUACAUCACUAAGGCAGCAAAACUGAAAGAAAAGUAUGAGAAGGAUGUUGCUGACUAUAAGUCAAAAGGAAAGUUUGACGAGUUUGAUGGUGCAAAGGGUCCUGCUAAAGUUGCCCGGAAAAAGGUGGAAGAGGAAGAUGAAGAAGAGGAGGAGGAGGAUGAAUAAAGAAACUGUUUAUCUGUUAAAAAAAAAAAAAAAAAAAAAAAAAAGAACUUAACCCGAUUAGACAGUCCUGUUUAACAAAAAGAAGGACUGGGAAAAUGGUUUGUUUAAAAUAGCCUUGGAGAAGAAACACACUUACAGGUUGGGUUUUUGCAUAGGAAAAAUAAGACAGGGAAUUGAAGAAUCAAUAAUAUGCCCCUUAUAUUUGCUAAAGAAAUGAAAUAGAAUAAAUUUCUGAAGGGCAGGGACGAAAUGAAAAAGGACCGAUAGAAGAAAAUUACUCCAUAGAAACAAAAACAAAUUCAAUGGGGAAAAGUAGAAAGAGGCAAGAGCCAAUUUCCUAUGGACUCCUACAAUCUCGAAGUCUCUGGCUGCCGUGAGACCUUCCCAGAUCUUUGUAGUUCAUGUAAUUUUUCACACUUUUCUGACUUAUUGAUAAGAUCAGCCAUUUUUGCACUUUCUUGAUUACAUUCAAUUUAGCACCUUAUUGCUCAUAUCCUAUCUUGUAUUACUCUCUAUUUGUUUCACUUACAUGAAAGGCUCUCAAAGGGUUGAAAAGCCCAAGAGAUUCCAAGCUCCUCAGCCUCUAGAAGAUUAGACAUCUACAAAGUUUCCUGACUGAGAAACAAAUAUGGACUGGGGAGAUACUGGUUGAAAAAAAAGCACCUCAGAAAAAAAAAAAAAAA